AUGUCGGAUCUAUCCACCCCGUCUCAGUCCUCGGCCUCAUCACGCUCGUCGUCCAUCUCGUCAAGCGGCGUCCGGACACCUCCGAACCUCCACCAGAACACGAUAGACCCCUCUGCUAGAUGGCUCGUUCAAAAGUUCGGAGGGACGAGUGUUGGGAAGUUUGCGACCAAGAUCGCGUCGGACGUGGUCUCUGACUACUUGGACCAACACAAGGUCGCUGUUGUAUGCUCAGCGAGAUCAGGGACGACCAAGGCUCUUGGUACCACCAAUCUGCUUCUCAAGGCAGCAUCCCAGGCGCUCGACCGAUCCUCCUCCCCGCUCGGCCCCUCCGGCACCGUCACUCCAUCCAUAUCCAACCCUCUCUUCGGGCGCGGCUCGCUACCACAGUCACCCGUUGAUACACCGUUACGAGAACGCGCGGGUUCGGGGGGUUCAUCUCCGUACGGCUCCUUCAUCGGAAGCAACGAAACGCCGAGCUUCGUGGAGACGGUGGACGUGCUCAGAGCCGAACAUCUAUCUGCGGCGCGCUCAACCAUACAGGAUCAGAAACUUCUCGCCAACCUCGAAGCAGAAAUCGAAAGAGACUGCGAGCAUCUGAAGAGCUUCCUCUUUGCAGCGCGAAUCAUCGACGAAAUCUCACCCCGUUCGCGAGAUAGCAUAGUGGGCUUUGGAGAACGGCUAGCAUGCAAGUUCAUGGCUGCCGUGCUUCGGGAUCACGGUGUAGACGCGGAGUACGUAUCAUUAGAGAACAUCGUCCCUCAACUGGAGGACAGCUCGUCCGGAGACGAUCAAACAUUAGACCAAGAUUUUUACGAUAGACUCGCGGUGGCCGUCGGUGAGCGCGUAAAGCAGUGCGCACCUAGAGUUCCCGUCGUCACAGUUAUAAAGUCUCUUUCAGGCUUCUUUGGUCCCGUCCCCGGCUCGCUUCUCAAGCAGAUCGGGCGCGGCUACACAGACCUGCUCUCCGCCCUCCUCGCCGUCGGGCUCGAAGCAUCCGAGCUCCAGAUCUGGAAAGAAGUUGACGGCAUCUUCACCGCCGACCCGCGCAAGGUCCCCACCGCCCGACUCAUCAGCAUCAUUUCCCCGGACGAAGCCGCCGAGCUGACCUACUACGGGAGCGAGGUCGUCCAUCCGUUCACGAUGGAGCAAGUCAUCCGGAGAAAGAUCCCGAUCCGCAUCAAGAACGUCGAGAAUCCGAAGGGCGGAGGGACCGUCAUUCACCCUGACCCCGAGGCGGACGCGCAUCACCUCCUGGACGAGAUGGGCGCCCGGGUGACCUCCGGGCUCGCGGAACCCCUUGGCACUCCCACCUUGCAUGACCUGGCCGUCGUCGAGGAGAACGGGAUAGGCGGUUCUGCCUACCUCGAGGGGUACCUGAACGGCACCUCCCGUGGCAGCGUCCAUCAACACAAGAAGUUGCCCACUGCCGUCACGAUCAAAGAGCGCAUCGUCGUCCUGAACGUAAACUCGAAUCGAAAGAGCGUCAGUCACGGUUUUUUGGCGGGCAUCUUUGGCACGUUAGACCGGUUCGGGGUCGUCGUGGACCUGAUUAGCACGAGCGAGGUGCAUGUCAGUAUGGCAAUCGAAGAAGCUGGGAUGGACAAGAAGGGCCUCGAGAAGCUCGUGAGGGAACUUCGAAGGAGUGGAUCGGUCUCUGUUCACCGCGACAUGGCCAUUUUGUCGCUCGUGGGCAAGCAGAUGCGCAAUAUGGUCGGUAUCGCGGGCCGGAUGUUCCAGACCCUCGCCCAAGGGAACGUGAAUAUCGAGAUGAUCAGUCAGGGCGCCAGCGAGAUCAACAUCUCGUGUGUCAUCGACGGGCGGGACGCCGUGAAGGCGCUCAACCUUAUCCAUCAGAGCUGCUUGCAGAUCAGGCCUGAAGGAGCAAAAGGCAGGGUCGGUCCUUGGCUGUUCUGA